AUGAAGAAGAACAAGAAGUUGGGCGCCGCGUGCGGACGCAUACAUCCCAUCGGUGGCGGACCUAUGGUUUGGUACCAAAAGUUUGAGUACGCGAUCGGCCAUUGGCUACAAAAGGCGACGGAACAUGCGUUCGGUUGUGUUCUCUGUAGUCCCGGAUGUUUCUCAUUAUUCAGAGCCCGGGCUGUAAUGGAUACCAGUGUUAUGAAUAGGUAUACAACACCACCGACAGAGGCUUUACAUUACGUUCAGUACGAUCAGGGAGAGGACCGAUGGCUUUGCACUCUUCUAUUACAACAGGGAUGGCGUAUUGAAUACUGUGCCGCAUCUGAUUCCUACACUCACGCGCCCGAAGGGUUUGGCGAGUUUUACACACAGAGGCGUCGGUGGGCGCCCUCCACGAUGGCUAAUAUCAUGGAUUUGUUGGGCGAUUAUAAGCGUACGGUUGCCGUUAAUACAGAUAUAUCAAAGCCUUAUAUCCUAUACCAGGGCAUGUUAAUGGUGGGCACUCUACUCAGUCCGGCCACUAUAUUCUUGAUGAUUGUCGGAGCCAUGAAUACAGUGUUGGGACUCAACAGUUGGGCGGCUCUCGGCUGUAAUAUAGUGCCAGUCCUCGCCUUUUCCAUAGUGUGUAUGACUGUCAAGAAAAACGAUCACAUUAUAUUCCUGGCCAUGGUUUUGAGUACACUAUACGCGUUGUUAAUGUUGGCAGUGUUGGUGGGCACAGGCAUAGACAUAUUUAACAAGGGCAUUCUUACACCAAACUCUAUAUUCUUUGUGUCACUAAUGGGUAGUUUCAUUGUCGCCGCGUGUCUUCACCCGCAAGAAUUUGCGUGUGUUUUCCCGCUUCCUCUCUAUAUGUUACUCAUUCCGAGUAUGUAUUUAUUGUUAACCAUAUAUUCGGUGACAAAUAUGCAUAUCGUUUCGUGGGGUACGCGAGAAGUCAAGUCCAAACUGACGGCCAAAGAGGCGGCGAUGGCUGCGGAGGCGGCGGCUGAAGAGGAGGCCGAGAAGCUGAAGAAGAAGAAUUUGUUUGGAAAGUUAGACUUCUCUAAACUCGGCAGUAAAGCGGGUCUCUUCACGUGUACGUGUUGUUCAAACAAUAAGUCAGACGAAGACACCGCCCGAUGGACUGACAUGAAAGACCAAAUGGGUUUAGUUGUCGAGUGUAUGACUGCUAUGAAGAACACUAUGGAAAGUGCGGACAAUAGCGGCGCCCGAAGAGGAACCGUACAGUUUCAGAAACAGGCUGUGAGACGCACGAGAAGUAAUUCUGGAAGUCUUGCGGCGGUUGACGAAGAAGAAGACACCGUCGAUAAGAUCAGCGAAGCGGACGAUGUCUUUGGCGACGAGACGCGUCUCCGGUCGGUGUCGGCGGUCGAGUCGGUGACCACGGCUUCGAAGCCGCGUUGGGGUCGCGAUAAGCUGUUCAAGAAGUUCCCAUUUGUUUCGCUCACAGACCUUGAGUUGCAGUUCUGGCAGGACUUUAUACCCAAAUAUCUGCUGCCAUUGGAUGAGAACCCGAAGGAACAGAAGAGGAUUGCGGCCGAUCUGAUAGACUUGAGGAAUAAAAUGGUGUUCGCCUUCUCCAUCAUAAACGUAAUAUUCAUAUUGUUUGUUCUGCUGCUGCAAAUGCACGGCGAUGUCUUCAACUUUGACAUUAACCUCGGAGUCGAGCGUUGGAACCAAACCCGAUAUAUCGACGAAGAAGAGCGAUGGGAAAUGACACCCAUUUAUCGCUACAUUAAAGUGGAUCCGAUCGGUCUCUUGCUUGUGGUGUUCUUCGGCACCAUUCUAGUGAUACAACUGAUCGGUAUGUUUAUGCAUCGGUUCGGCACUCUAUCCCAUUUGCUGGCCUUCACGACAAUCGACUUCUUCGCGCCGAAAGAGUCCCAAAACGACGAUGAGAUGGACAUUAAGCUAAAUGCCGUCAAAAUUGCUAAACGGUUACAGAAAUUAAAAGGAAUCGACGAAAUUGACGACAAGACUGUGGUUUUGUCGACUAAUAAUUUGCCAAACAAUCGACAGUCUAUUUGGAGGAGAGAUUCCGUACGACUUCAGGACUCGGAACCGCUUAAUCUGGACAAUGUCUUCCGCAAGAGACUCAUGAGUAUAACGCCCGACACUAUGGGUUCAAUCGGACCGCGAAAGUCAAUACUAAAAAGACAGUCCACUUUUGAGGCCAUCCGACGGCGAAGGGAUACUCUGGUCAACGAAGAGAACUGGCGUUUGAGUCAAUCCAGUACUGAACUGAAUGGCUCGACCACUGGUUCCCUUUCGAGGCCCAUGUCGUUGAGGUUUGAAGUGCCUCCGAGUCAACCCAACUUCGAUGUCAAUCACAGACAUCUGGUCCACAGUUUGCAAUCAAUACCACCGAUGCCGCCGACGCCACCCAUCGAUGCACCAGAUUAUUGA